AUGCCAGCCAACUCCAAACUCGAUCUCACAUCUUGGCCAGAUGAAAAACUGGCCGAAAACGCUGGAGAUGGGGAGGCGCUCUGGGACGCCAAGUCCCAGGAAUGCAGACGUCAUCUGUGUCUGAUGGUGGAAGAGGAGGCUUGUCAGCACAAGGCAGAGGAGUCUGCCAAGAGGGAGGCUGAGGAGUGGCGGAAGAGAGAGAGAGAGGUUAGGGUGAAGGAAAACGCCCAGAAGGGGGAAGUUGACAUUGUGCAGGACCUGCAAAAAGGCGCGGGCUCAUUGCAAACAACCUGCGACUACAACUGGAACAUCAGAGUCGAGUUGACUGUCAAAGAAGCAGAGGGCAAGGAGUGCAUGACAACCCAAGAUUCCAUCGCAGAAUCCCUUCUUGGGAUCCAGGAGGAGCUUCGAUCCCUGUCUGCUCUUGCCAUGGCUGUAUUGUCGUUGAUUACCCUGGUGGAGAAUCUACAGACUCCUGCAUCCAAUGGGGGGUUCGAGGAGGCGGUCAGUGGUGAUGGGGAGGUGAAGGUGGAGAAGGCAAGUGGUGAUGUGGCGAAUGGGAAGUUGCAGGCUCAUCCUGUUGUCGAGGUGGAGGAGAAACUCGAGGACGAGUUGGAAGAGGUGUUGGAGUUGGGCGAUCCUGAAGGCAUACCCGAUCUGUCGAUCAGUACUGCCGAGGCCUCAUCUCCUUCAUAA